GCAGGAAACAGCUGACAGUCGAUCAGCUGCUCAUCCACACAUCAGACUCCACAGCUCGGCUGUAAAUCAACCUGCAUCUGUCCGCAGAACCUCACGUGAAACUUCCACAGGCUCGGUUCGAGUUUUCCAGCUCGGUAUGAGGAUAAACAAAGGGGGGAGGUCUGGACCAAUCACAGAGCGGGACACACAGGUGCGCAGAUGUUAGAGUGGAUCUGAUUGGCUGAGAGCAGCAGCAGACACGCAGACAGGAGGACUGGCUUGAGGCUGGCUGCAGAAAGCCGCCAAACACGUCACAUCAUGCGGGUUACUUCUGUCCCGGGUCGGCCCGAGCGGAGCUGAGGUGAAAACACACCUGGAGGACUUUACAGGUCAGAGACCAGGAGGAGAUGCGUCCAGGGUGUGUCUGCACAGUCAAAGUGUUUAAAAAAAAUGUUUUUUUGAACAUUUUGGGUGGAUUUUAUUGUUAAUUUGAAGUGAAAAGAAGCAGAAAGUUGUCUCGGACCUGAGAGCGCCAUCAUGCCCGGGAAUGAUGGAGGAUACGCGGUGAAGAGGAGGAAGAAGCCCGUCCAGAAAAUUGCAAAGCCUCCACCCACGAAGACAAACCCGUCCAAGAGGCACCGGGACCGCCUGAACGUGGAGCUGGACCGCCUGACCAGCCUGCUGCCUUUCACCGAGGAGGUCAGAGGUCGCCUGGACAAGCUGUCCGUGCUCCGGCUCAGUGUGGGAUACCUCAAAGUUAAGAGUUACUUCCACGCAGCGUUCCAGAAAAGAUCGCCUCCUCUCGUCUCUGCUAACGACAGAAAUGUUCAGUCGGUGUCUCUCGACAAAGUCAGUUUCUCUGAAGGAGAUCAUCUCCUGCAGGCUUUAAAUGGGUUUGUUUUGGUCGUGACGACUGAUGGGACGGUCUUCUACGCGUCUCGAACCAUCCAGGACUUCCUCGGCUUCCAUCAGUCCGACGUCCUCCAUCAGAGUGUUUUCGACCUCGUCCACAUGGACGACAGAGAGAUGUUCAGAUGUCAGCUUCACUUCGCCCUCAACCCCAACGACACCGACUCACACGUGAGAGCAGAAGACGGGCAGCAGUCGGGCAGUAAAUGUCCGAGCAGCUCGCUGAGCUUGUUGCCUCAGUACAUCCCUCCAGAGAACUCGUCCUUCCUGGAAAGAAGCUUCUGCUGUCGCCUUCGCUGCCUCCUGGACAACACCUCUGGAUUUCUGGCUCUAAACUUCACCGGCCAUCUGAAGUACCUGCACCUGCAGGGAAACACCGGGGCUGAUGGGAGCACAGCUCCUCCUCCUCACCUGGCUCUGUUUGCCAUCGCCACACCUGUGCAGCCUCCGUCCGUCAUGGAGAUCCGGACGAAGACCCUCAUCUUCCAGACUAAACACAGCAUGGACUUUGCUCCUGUGGGCAUCGACACCAGGGGGAAGCUGGUUUUAGGAUAUUCAGAGAUCGAGCUGGUCACUACAGGCUCCGGCUAUCAGUUCAUCCACGCCGCUGACAUGAUGUACUGCGCUGACAACCACCUCAAGAUGAUAAAGACCGGAGACAGCGGCUUCACGUUCUUCAGGCUGCUGACCAAAACGGGACACUGGUUGUGGGUUCAGGCCAAUGCCAGGAUAGUCUUCAAGGACGGUAGACCGGACUUCAUCAUCGCUCGCCAGAAAGCCCUCACAAAUGAAGAAGGGGAGGAACACUUGCACCAGAGAAGACGGCAGCUUCCGUUCAACCUCGCCACCGGCGAAGGCGUCCUCUACGACACGUGGAUGGAUUCCUUCUCCAUUCCUGGUCCUCCUGGCUCCGGUGCACCAACGGACACCGCCGAGCCCUCCACAGAAAAACCUUUAGACCCGGCCUCCAUCUUGGGGUCCCUUCACCGGCAGGACCACUCAGUUUACACCGAACCACAGACACCGAGUCCCCUUCUCCCAAUCUUCGCCCAAAUCGAUGACCUCGAUUUGGAGCAGUCGCCCAUGGAACAAGCCUUCCUGGACAGCCACGCUCUGCUCAGCGUGCCGGGCCAGGCGGUCCAGGCUUCACAGAAGAGGUCCGUCACGGGGGACCUCACAUCGGAGGCCAUGAUCGACUCGUUGGAGCAGAUUUUGGCAGAUAUCGGGGGCGGAGGGUUUGAGGAUCUUCAAGUAGAGGAGACGGAGUUAAGGGAUUGGGAGAACACCGUUGUCAGGGUGAACAAUGAAAGGGAAGACGCAGCGAGGGAACUGAACCACAUCCUUGCCAAUGACGUGUUUUCAUAUGUGGAGGAGGCUCUGAGGAGAGAGACCAUGCAGGGUUCAGAUCAGAUAACGGACACAGAGUUCGCAGAGGGGGAUGUUCUCGGUGGGGUUGGCACCUCUGCACUGUGGCCUCCGAACAGCAGCAACCACCACCAGAUGAUUUCAGCACAGUCCUGCCAUGCUGCACAUCCACCGCCUGACGUAACACAACCACCAUGGUUCAUGGGAACGAUGGAGCAGAGUGCACAAUAUACUCUGAACCACGCCGGCCCACAGCGGACUUACAUCGAGCCUUCAGUGUGGCAACAACAGCAGCAGCUGCCGCAAAGUUUUCACCAUCACACGCUGACACAUUCCUCGCACACACCAGGCAGCGUGAACUCAGCGGCUCCAUCAUUCCAGCUGCCGCAAGCGCAGCGAUUAUCCGGCAGCUGCAUGUAUGAAAAAAGAGAAGCUCACAUACCGAACGUUGCUACCGUUCCCGCCCGACUGGACGGACCUCUCAUGGGGCCGACGUGCUCCAGUGGGCCCACACACGUUACAGCAGGGACGAGCGCCAACGCCGCCUUCGCGGUUGGGGUCAUCAACCAGGGGACGAUGCAGCCGUCAGGUCCCUGCGGAGAUGUCGGCAACAUCAGUUUGGUCCAUCUGAGCGGAGACGGCGCCGGUCUGGGAACAGCUCGGUCAGAAAACAGCUCGUUCUUCUGCUGGAACGGUGACACGCAGAUUCCCAGAGUUCCCCUGAACGGCGUCGCCGACCCGUUUGCCUUCCCCACUCUCAGAUACGAGCACGAGUGUGAUGGAAGCUCUUGAGAUCAUUCCCAAAGACAAACAGAGAGAUCACGAUGAGGAGUUAUAUCUGUCUGCUGACAGAGAAACAAACUAUCAGUGAGGACACGUCAUAAACAAGGAGGACGUCAAAGGAGUUGAGUUCUGAGUCCUGGUUGCUCAAACAAGCCAUCAGUGACAUCACCCACCUGUCAAUCAAAGCGUCCACGCUCUUAAUCCUGCAUAACUUUAAGCCCUAAUAUAACCUGAACAGGUGAG